AUGCAGUUCACCAAGGCUCUCCUUUUCCUCUCCGCCCUUGCGCCCGGCGUAUUCGCUGCCGUUGCUGGUGAAGCCCCAGCGAUUACCCAGACAAUCACUCUGGUGCCCUCCGGCUACACUCCUCCGCCAUCGUCCACCCCGACUCCCACCCCAAUCUCAACCUCCACCUCCACCUCGACCUCGACCUCGACCUCGACCUCGACCUGGACCUCGACCUGGACGCCUGUCAUCACCAGCACUCCUGUUUCCAGUGCUACUCCCUCCAUGAGCCACAUUGCUAGCUCCUCAACUCCUUUGAUCAAGCCCAGCAAUGUUCAGACCCCAGUAGCUUCCUCUACCCCCUUUUCCGGUGCUGCCUCAACCCACGCCCAGGGGGCUAUGGUUGCUGGUGCAGCUGCCAUUGCCGGUCUCUUCUUGAUCUAA